UUGGUUACAGCUGAUAUAUAUGUUUUUGUUUGUGUAGUGUGUGCCUAUUUAAUUUAAAUUAAUGUGAUCGUACGAGUCUAAACCAAUUGGUUUUCUUUUUGUUAAAAUUAUGAAUUUUUCCGCCGUCCUUUUGCUAUUAACGUUUUGGGGAAGAAACAGUGUUUUUUCCUCAAAAGUAUUAGAACUGAGCGACAAAUUUAUUGAUAUCAGCAAAGAUGGAAUGUGGUUUGUUAAAUUUUAUGCCCCAUGGUGCGCAUACUGUAGUAGGCUUGAGCCUGUUUGGGCGCAUGUAGCCCAGGGCUUAUACAGCACGCCGAUCAAGGUAGCCAAAGUUGAUUGUACUCGAUUUCCUGCUGUUGCUACUCAUUUCCAAGUGCGAGCAUACCCAACGAUAAUGUUCAUUAAAGGUUCAAAUAUGCAUAUUUACAAUGGCGAGAGAGUAAAAGAAGAUAUGGUUAACUAUGCUAUGAGAAUGGCACAGCCUCCCAUUCAAAAAGUAUCUUAUGCUGAUAGCAUAGGGAACUUAAAAGAGAUUCAUGAAAUAUUUUUCGGAUACAUUGGUGAACAUCAUGGAAUACUUUGGGAAACUUACAGCAUUCAAGCUAUGAAAUAUCAGCCACAUAACUGGUUUUAUUCUAUGUCUCAUGAAUUAGUGAAAAAUGAACUGAAACCACCUAAUGAGACUAGUGUGUUUGUUUACAAAGAAGAUGACAUAUACUACUUUGAAGUAACACCAGAAAACCUGCAAGAUAAAAAUGCAUUGAAUGUCUCAAUGGACAAAUGGGUACAUUCGGAGAGAUUUGGAUUCUACCCAAAAAUUUCAAGAUCGAAUAUUAAUGAACUCUUGGACAUUGAAAAGUACUUGGUAAUAACUGUGGUAUCAGAAAACAAACUCAAUGAAAUAACACAGACAGAAAAAGAUUUUAAAGAUAUGGUGGAAGAAAUAAUAAGAAAAAGAAAGCAUGAACUACAUCCAAAAUUCCAGUUUGGAUGGAUGGGCAGUCCUGAGCUUGCUAAUUCUAUUGCUAUGUAUGAAUUGACUGUGCCACAUUUACUUGUGAUCAAUUCCACUACACAUCAUCAUCAUAUACCCGAUGAUGAUCCAAUUUUGAUGACCCCUGAAGCCAUAUCAAUGUUCUUGGAUGAUGUAUACAAUCAAGUGGCACCUACAUAUGGGGGCAACAGCUUCAUAGUACGAUUAUACCGAGCGUUCUUUGAGGGAAGAGCUACUGUUGGCAAUAUGUGGAAAGGGAAUCCUAUACUAACCACAUUGGUAUUCGGACUCCCUCUAGGUUUUCUCUCACUACUAUGUUAUUCAAUUUGCUGCGCAGACAUAUUAGAUGCAGAUGAAGAAGAAAUAUCAGAAUCACAUGAGAAAAAGGAUUAAAGCUAAAGAAAAAGAAAAUUAUAAAUCUAAUGGAUAAUUAUUAGUAUAAGUGAUAAUGUACAUUUUGCAUUAGCAAUAUUUUAUGGUUCACUCGCGAAAGUUUUGGCUUCUUUUUUUGUCGUAUUAUACCAUAUCACCGAAUUGAAUUUUACUGUCGUUCAAUAAUAUAGAUCAAAUUAGUACUUAUAAGUAUUUAUGUUACCAAUCAAGUAUAAAAUCGACGCUUAUUUAAGUAUAGAAAAUACUUUCUUAUGGUUUUCCAUGAAUGUUGGCAUUUUUAUUAUAAUUAAUAAAAAUUUACCUAUUAUCGACUCAAUGGUCUGAUGUUAGAAUAUUUUAAGGAGGUAAGAAUAAUGUAUUUAUUUUAAGCUUGUGACCUUAAAAGUUACAUAAAUAUUUAAAAUUAAGCAAAGCUAUUGUGUCUCUUAUUGUAUUCUGAAUGUAUUUUUACAGUCCAGUACAGUGUAACAUGGUUUCAUUAUCUGUGCAACUUGACGGUAUGUGGUGCCCUUACUAAGUACUUCCAAUAAACUUGUUCCUAAU